AUGGGCCCCUUCAACACCGUCUUCAACGGCUACCGAGAUCUGAUUUUGCCCCUGUCGGAGCAAGACGAUACCGUCAAAGGCGCGGUAUUAGCCGCCGCCGCUUCCCAUAUCUCGUUAAAAUAUUGUGAAUGGAAGUCGCCAGCUUCCAGGUAUCGGAUGGCUGCCAUCCGAGGAUUAAAUCAGCGGAGCACCGCCGAAGACCUGAACAAGUCGAUCGAUUACUCGAGUCUGUCAACUAUGGUCCUUCUUCUUGUAGAGCAGAUGAUCAUAGUGGGAACAGACUUCCAUAUCCUCCUUCGGAUGAUGAAGAGCUUCAUAGAAUCCCAGCAGUGCUUAGAGAUAGUGGAUACGGAACCUCUAGGGACAUUCCUGAUGCAGCAGAUAAGAAAGAUGUCUCUGUACGCAGGACCAUUAGUAAUGGGUCUCUCCGCGGCCAAAAGUCUUGAAAACAUGUCUAACAAAGACCUGGACUUCUUGUUCAGCUGCCUGAAGAUCCAUCCGGAGUAUUCUUCCGUUAUUUUCAAACUAGCCAAUCUCAUCCGUACGGCAGCUCAAAUAUACUUGAGUCGGGCGACCAACACGCCCAACCAGGUGAUCACGGAGCUGGUCCAGCAGUUCCUCGCAGACACCGCUGCUUACAACGCAACUUCACCGGGAGGCCAUAUUUUGAUUUGGCCAUUUUUUAUAGUCGGAGCUGAGUGCUCAUCCGAGCAAGAUCGGGAGUUUGUCACCAUGCAGUUACAGAGUCUCUGGGAUUGCACGGGCUUUGGAAGUCCGCUCUAUGCCAUUAAACUGCUGAAAGAUAUAUGGCAGGACGCCCCAGGAACGAAUUGGACGCAGACCUUAGUGGAUAAGGUAGAAGGGUUCAUUAUGUGA